UAUUUAUUGCUUUUUCAAAUGUAAAAUAGGUUUAAUGGAGUAAUGUGUAUUCAGAUCAGGAUAUAAAACACUGCAGGUUUAAUCUUCAAGUAAGAGGAGUAAAAUAACAAACAGGAAAUAAUUUUUUGCGGCUGGAUUAAAUAUUGUUUUAUUAGAGAAACAGCACAAAGUGAUAAUAAUUCAGUAUUAAUUCCCUUAUGAACAAAAACCAUUAACUAACUUAAACAUGACUGUUAUGUUGCCACAAUGAAUGAGGAUAAAAGUGAUCUAGUAGGAAAUAUAGCAACAGAAUAUGAAAAUGGUGAUAGUUCCCUAGAAAAAAAAGCACGCAAUAGAAUGGUGGCGGAGGGAUACAAAUACCAUGUUCUAGAAGAUAAAGGAGAGCCAGGUAUAUUAGAUCCAGUUGAAGAUGAAGAACGGAAGAAGCAUCGGCGCCAGAAUGAUAAGCUGAAGAUACUGCUCGUGUUUGGUGUUAUACUUCUCACAUGUUUAGUUGUUGUUAUCAUUUUCCAACAUUUUAGAACACAUGGUGCAACACAGAUAUGUACAACAGAAGAAUGUGUGAAGGGAUCAGCUUAUAUCGUAAACAAGAUGGACACAACUGUUGACCCCUGUGAGGAUUUCUACACAUUCUCUUGUGGUAAUUGGGAAAAGAUGACACCGAUUCCUCCAUCAAAGUCAAAAUAUGGGUCUUUUUCUCAAAUUGGUGAUGAGAUUAAGAAAAAAUUGCGCGAGGUUCUAGAAGAAGAUGAGAAGUUGUACAAAGGUGUCAAGUCAAGUGCUAUUCAUAAAGCUAAAACCUUUUAUGAUAUGUGCAUGGAUGAAAAAGAGAUCAAAAAAGCUGGUAAAGGCCCAGUGUUAAAGCUUAUUGGUGAGCUUGGAAGUUGGGGUAUGACUUCAGACCCUGUGUCGGGUACAUUUGACCCUGACAAGUGGGAUAUAGAAGAUGCCUUUCUACUAACACAUAGAUAUGGAUUGAGCUCAUUAUUUUCAAUGGGGAUAUCUACAGACGAGAAAAACAGCGGUCGAUAUAUGAUAAAGUUUGAACAGUCCGGGCUAACUCUGAGUGAUUCGAAAGAAUAUUUCAGCAAUCACACAAACUAUGAGAUACUAAAAAGAGCGUACAUAGAGUAUGCAACAGGUUUUGCUAAACUUCUAGGAGCAGGAGACAAUGUGGAAGAAAGUGUUCGAAAUCUCUACGACUUUGAACAAAAACUGGCUGUGAUCCAUGUACCCAGGGAACAGCUUCUAGAUCCUUUAAAAACCUACCAUAAUAUGACAUUGCAGCAAUUUCAAGAUGACUACCUGGGAGACUGGUUAAACCUGGAGGCCUAUGUGAAGGGUAUAUUUGGAGAUAUAAACACAAUACCCAUGGACACAGAGGUUCUUGUUUACACACCAGAAUAUUUUACAGAACUUCAAGAUUUAUUAAAACAGACUGACAAAGAGCUGUUGGCUAACUAUUUUGUAUGGCAUUCUGUUGACCAUAUGGUAGGAUAUCUAACCAAAGAUUUCCUGGAAGUGGCAUUGGGACUUGAUAAGGCAGAAUCGGGAAUAAAAGAAUAUCCGGUCAGGUGGAAAAGGUGUCUCUCUAAGACCACUUCAGCAUUUGGUUUUGCUGUAGGAGCCUUGUAUGUUCAGGAAAACUUUGCUGAAGAAAGCAAGAAAGAUGUUGAGUCACUUUUUGAAGAAAUCCGUGCAGCAUUUAUUGCCAAUCUUGAUGAUUUGGAAUGGAUGGAUGACAAAACGAGAGCCUAUGCAAUAGAGAAAGCUAAUGGUGUCAGUAAGAUGUUAGGCUACCCAGAUUACGUCCUCGAUCCUGCCAAACUGGACAAACAUUAUGAAAAUGUGACACUUGUCGAUGGAAAAUUCUUUGAAAGUAAACUAUCGGAACUGAUAUAUUAUAGACAGAAGAAUUUAAGACGACUUGGAACAGUACCAGAUAGAAAUGAAUGGAACAUGGUUCCUUCGGAGGUGAACGGAUACUACAGCGCCGAUUUCAACCAUAUAGUGUUCCCUGCUGGAAUCUUACAACCACCUCUGUAUAAUCCAACUUCACCUAGGUCAUUCAAUUUUGGUUCUUUUGGGAUGAUCUGUGGACAUGAACUUACACAUGGAUUUGAUAAUAGAGGAAAAGACUUUGACAAGGAAGGCAAUAUGAGGAACUGGUGGACAAAAUCUUCAACAGAAAACUUCAAGAAACUUACAAAAUGUUUUGAAGAUUUCUACCAUGAAUACACAGUCAAUGGGACUCAUCUCAAUGGUAAAACAACACUAGGAGAAAAUAUUGCUGACAAUGGAGGGAUGAAAACAGCUUACUUGGCAUACAAGUCUUGGUUGAAGAAAUCUGGGGGCAAAGAUAUAGUUAGCUUGCCAGGGAUGAAGUACAACUCGGACCAACUGUUUUUCAUUGGAAUGGCCCAGAUAUGGUGUUCACACUACACCCCAGAGUACCAGCAGAAAGCCAUUUUGGUAGAUGAGCAUUCCAUAGCUAAAUAUAGGGUUCUAGGAUCCAUGUCUAAUUCUAAAUAUUUUGCCAAGGCAUUUAAUUGUCCAAAGAAUUCUCCAAUGAAUCCAGAAGAGAAAUGCACAGUUUGGUAACCAUGGCAGCUAACUCACCUGUGAUACUCAGCAAUUUAAUAUUUGAUGAUAAGCAAGUGACCUCCUGAUUGGCUGAUAUGCAAAAGUCAGUCUGAUUGACUGAUGUGAUGAAUUUUUGUGAAAUUGACACAUGUUUAUUUUUAUAGAAUUGUUUGUUUAUGUUAAAAAUGUCUUGAUGUUAAUUUUUCAAAUGUUACAUUCUGUCUUACAGAAAACAAUAAGUUUGCUUGCUUGUAUGGAACUUAUUGUACCCCCCAACAACAAAGUUGUAAGGGGGGGUAUACUGGUUUCAGGUUGUCUGUCUGUCUGUCCAUCUGUCUGUCUGUCCGUAGACACAAUCUUGUGCGCACCAUCUCUCCUCAUCCCCUUGACACAAUUUAAUGAAACUUCACAAUAGUGAUCAAUAACAACAGUAGUUGUGCAUGGGGCAUGUUAGGUUCUUUCAACGACAAAAAUUGCAGAGUUAUGGGACUUUGUUUCUUGUUAACAUACUAUGUAUAUACAGUCUGCAUAUACAGUCUUGUGUGUGCCUAAUCUUCCGAAUCCUUGCACACAAUUUAAUGAAACUUCACACAAGUGAUCAUACCAACCCUAGUUGUGCAUGGUGCGUGUUACGUUCUUUUAGAUAAAUAUUCUGCAUAGUUAUGGGACUUUGUUCUUUGUUACUAAACUCUAUACAUACAGUCUAUAUACAUACAGUCAGCAUAAUUAUGCAAUCUUGUGUGCGUCAAAUUGCAAUGUACUGUGUCAGUGCAUGCGGGGGGUACAUUCAUCACCUUAAGUGAUAGCUCUAGUUAUCACACAAGGGCCCAAUAUUCAUAAACAUUUCUUAGUCAUCAAUUUUUUAUGUCCAGGCUGUAAUUGCCCAAUUUGCACAAGCUGUAAUGAAACUUGGGAUGAGUAUUUUUUCAACAGAUAGCUCAACAAACGUUCAGCCAUUCUUACAAAAUUUAUGCAAGUUAAUGGCAAAUUUAGUAUUUUGGUGUUGAAUCAGAACUCAGAAAUUGGAGGAAUAUGGGCCCAGGUAAAUGUCAAUUAAUAGCAGCUUGUGUAGAAUUUAUAAAAUGUGAGCUCAAUACCCAAAAGGGACCUGGUUUCAGAAAUAUAAGACUGCUUAUCGAGAUCAAUACUACGAUGCCAAUUUGUCUUUUUCGAAAAUGAACUAUGAGUCAAUUAGAUGUGGACAUUUCGAGACCGGUCUUUAGGUUUGGUGGGAGUUUUGAAUACUUCCAUAUAUCUGUUCGGUUGUACCUGAUCACAGUUCUGAAAUUGAUACAGCUGCAUACUGUGACAGGUCUUGUAAACUGGUGCCAUGACUUCACCUUUCAUCUUCAGCUGUAUUUUUGGAAAUCUGUACUCAUUUUCAUCAUUGUUUGUUCCAUAACAACUUCACAGAAGUGCUUUAAUUGGUUUCAAUAUUGAGAGAAUGUGCAAUUUUACUAUGCAACACUAAAACAAUAUAUAUGUAUGUAUAAUCUCAAAGCAAAGGAAAUCCAUACCAUGUGAUUUUUACUUAAUAGUUAGCAGUUUAUUUUAUAGAAUUACAUAAAAUGCACAGAAGAAUCUCAGAAGUUGUUUCUUAUUAACAAAAGGGUGUCUCUGUGUAUGGUCAUUGUUGAAAUAGUUUUUUUUCUUUUUUGUUUUUUGUAUAUUUAUAGCACUGUGCAAGUUUCUAAGUGUGAAUGGAUGUAGAUAUUACCAUAGUUCACUGAUGUCCUUUAUCAAGUUAAGUUUUUAGAACAUUUCAUCUCGUGUUGGCAAGAAUAAAAUCUGAAAAAAAAUUAAGUGAUUUUUUUUGCGUUUGCGACCAGUGCAGACAAAGACUAGCCUCAGGUUGAUCAUGGUCUAGCUGUUUGCUAUUCAAUUAGUAAGUUUUCAGUGAACACUGCUUUAGAUGAAUGGUACUGCCCAAACUGAAUGAAAGACCAAUUCAUUUUAGAAAUUUAGCAGGGUAAGGUUAGGUUUCGGAUUUCAAAUGGUGAUCAUCCAGGAUAUGGGUCCUGAUGCUGCCUAUGCACAUAUAAUGAAAAAAGAAAAAAUAGAAAUAAAUAAAUGUAAUUGUAAUUCACACAGCUAUAUCAUAGACUAGGAAAUGUGUUUUUCUGUGUUGUAUCUUUUGUGUUUACAUGUUGAAUUUAUAAAACAUUCCACUUGAUCAAGGUUGUGAAGAUGUUAUAUUUAUUAUUUUUAUAUUUAAAGAGAACUACAUUUUGGUACUAUUUUAUUUUUCUGUGGGAAAGUACUGAAAGUAGGGAAAAUGAGAGGAAUGGAUGUGAAUUUAUUACAAAUUAAUGCUGGUUGAUUGAUAAAAUGCUAGUAUUUGAUGAUAUACAGUAAAGUACUCUUUGAACGUCGUUUGGAUAAAAUACAAGUUAACCGUCAGCCUGCUGGCGGCAAGUGAUUCUGCCUUUGCGACCAGUGCUGACCAAGAUCAGCCUGCACCUCCAUGCAGGCUGAUCAUGGUCUGCACUGUUCGCUAUUCAGUCAGUAAAUUUUCACUGAACACCCCUUCAAAUGAUAAAUGGUACUGCCCAAAUUGAAUGAUAGACCAGUCCAUUUUAGAAAUUUAGCAGGGUAAAGGUUAACUAGGUAUGAUAAUUCUCUCUGUCUUUGAGAAAAAAAAAGAAAAGACUUAGUUGAUUUGUUACAGAUGGUGGUCUCAAUACCAGUUGUAUAUCUUGUAUGUUAUUUUUUUUCUGAAGCAAUAUAGACGUUUUGUGGAAAUUCUUAACACUUACAUGACUGUGAAAUAAUUUGUUUCAAAAUGAAAGAUUUUUAUAAAAGGAAAACACUGUAGAAUCCUGAAAUAGUUGUCAAGUGGUUAAAUUUUUAGUAACGAUUUUCAACAAAUGCUGUUUUAUUCUGGUCUCAUAUGCUUGAAAACUAGUUUAUUUUAUCUGAUAUGAAUAUAAAUGUGGAGUGUACUGGAGGAGUGAGUAAUUUUUUAGGUAUACAUUGUAUUGUAUCUGUUCAGCUUUAGCAAAUCUCUAAUUAGUGCAUCCCUAAUUAACCAUACAGGUUGAUAUUCACAUGUAUGUUUGUAUUGAAAAAAAAAGUUACCAAUCUACAAAAUAUUUUCUUUUAAGGUAAAAUUUGAUAUGUGCACUCGCUAACAUUAAGUGUAAUGUGUAUAUUUACACAAAGAUGAUAAAUAUUUGUUUUGUAAUGAUGAUAGGCUUGUUCUAGAUAAACUGCAAAACCCAGUUGAUAUUACAUCUUAAUUCUGUUUGAUUUUUCUCUUGGUUUUACUUGCUCUUUAAAAGCUCGGCUUUUGAAAUCCAUUCAAAUAUGCUCAAGAUAUCGGGAAUAAAAAAAAAUUCAGAUAUGCUCAAUAUAUUAUAUGGAAAUAGAAACUGUUUCAAGAGUAAUAAAGUUAAAGUAGCAGAAUUGUUAUUAUUAUUUUUAGAAUAGCUGCAUGCAUGAAAAUCUAGUAGUUGAACAAUUUGAUGUUGUAUUUUAUUUAAACUAGAGUUUAAUUUAUUUCCCUAUAUAUUUGUCAUCGUUGACAAAAUGCUUAAGGGCUCUUGAACUGCAAGCAUCAUGUUUUAGGCAGUUUAUUUAUAACAGCAAGAUGUCAAGGUUAAAGACACAGUUUGUUCAGCUUUGUAUAUUGUUUUAUAACUGUGAAUAUUGAGAUUUCAUUAUAUAAUUUUAUGAAUUCAAGCAUUGCCAGAUUAAAGUAUCAAAUCAAAGUACCUCUGGGGCUGAGUGGUCAAGGUCACUGGCUUAACACCUGUGUGGGUCUGAUCCAAGCUAGUGAAAUUGUUUAGCUGUCUUACAAAAGGUCGAUGGUUCUACCCAGUUGUCCCCCUUGCCUGAAAUAAUACACGGAAAGGGGUCUUUGUCCAUCAUUAAAAUCUUGGUUGUUGUCCAUUGGGACUUAAAGCUGCAGGCCUCCAGAUUUAUGUCAAAUUUUCGAAAUUUAGAAAAUACUUUCAUUAUUUUCUAACUGCAAUAAAAAGAAAAUAUAAAGUGACUGGGUGUAUUUGCAAUAAAAAUAAAAUAUUAAGUGAUUAGGAGCACUUUAGGAAAUUUUCAUCUAUAAAAAACACACUUUCAGUCAAUAAAAUACUUUAAAAAAAACUCGCACAAGCGUUAGUCACGCUGCUAAGUAAUGUAUUUUGAAUGGCAUGCAUUAAAAUAUCUACAUAAACAAUGCUGGUUUAAUAUUUUCGAUAUCUGACUUCAAUUGCUCAAAACCAAAACAAAACCUGCAAAUAAAUCGGAGUGUGUAACCAAAACCAAUAUACACAGUUCGAUCAUUCAUAAACGUGUGUUUUACAAAUACUUUUUUUGGCUGAUGAACGCUGUUAAUAUUGAUUUUUUUUUGUACAUUUAUUCGAACAUACAGGUACAAGCGGCAACUUCAUUUAAAAGAUGGUUAUUAAGGAAGUAACUUUGAUUGGCCUAAAAUGAUUAUUUUCAGCCGUAAUAAUAAGCAAUGUAAUUUAUACAUUUUCAGUGAACUAAUGUUACCGUUAUUUUAUUCUCUUGUUAAUAUUCAAACAUUUUGAUUUGUUAAAUGCAUGAAAUAAAGUAUUUAAAUUUUU